AGGGGAGCAGUUUGUCGCCACCACAGUUCAUUUCCGCGUCGGUCAACAUACAAAGAGGUCCAUCCUCAGUAAUACGAACGAGUUGUAACAUAAGAGUACUUGUACACAGCCAGCAUGGCAGAAGCGCACCAGGCGGUGGCAUUCCAGUUCACAGUCACUCCAGAUGGAAUUGACCUGCAGCUGUGUCACGAAGCCCUACGUCAGAUCUACCUCUCUGGCCUCCACUCUUGGAAAAAGAGGUUCAUCAGGUUUAAGAAUGGGAUUAUGACCGGAGUGUACCCAGGCAGCCCUUCUGGCCUCCUGGUUGUAGUUGUGGGAUAUAUGUCCACCACCAAAUAUGCCAAAUUGGACCCUACUCUAGGGCUCUUCACCGAACUGAGUGCCUACCUACCUGUCAGUAAAUACAUAGGAGAGGACACCCAGCGAAUUGUUGGUGGAGUGCUUGUGAGCACAGGCCUUUGGGUCACCAUCAUCUUUUUCAUGAGGAGCAUUCUGAAGAGCCUCCUGUCCUGGCACGGCUGGAUGUACAAUCGCCAUGGUACCAUGUCCCUGAGAACCAAGCUUUGGCUGGUGCUGGUGAAGUUGCUCUCUGGCCGAAAGCCAAUGCUCUACAGUUUUCAGAAUACCCUGCCACGAUUACCUGUACCUCCUGUGAAGGACACAAUGAGAAGAUAUCUUGAGUCUGUUCGUCCACUGAUGGAUGAUGAAAAGUAUAACAGGAUGGAAGGAUUAGCAAAAGACUUUGAGAAGAACCUUGGGCCCAAGCUCCAGUGGUACCUCAAACUCAAGUCUUGGUGGGCCUCGAACUAUGUCAGUGACUGGUGGGAGGAAUAUAUUUACCUCAGGGGUCGUGGGCCCAUCAUGGUUAACAGUAACUACUACGCUAUGGACUUCCUCUAUGUCUUCCCCACCAAUAUACAAGCAGCUAGGGCUGGCAACGCCAUCCAUGCCAUUAUGCUGUACAGACGGAAACUGGACAGAGCCCAGAUCAAACCACUCAUGGUUCUAAACACUAUCCCCAUGUGUUCGUCCCAAUAUGAGCGUAUGUUCAACACCAGUCGCGUCCCAGGUGUAGACACAGACGUCAUCCAGCACGUGAACGAGAGCAAGCACAUCGCCGUGUACCACAAGGGCCGCAUCUUUAAGGUGUGGAUGUUUUAUGACGGGCGACUGCUGCUACCCAGAGAGAUAGAGCAGCAGAUGGAGAGGAUCCUGGCCGAUAAGUCAGAGCCCCAGCCUGGAGAGGAGUACUUGGCCGCUCUUACAGCUGGAGAUAGAGUGCCCUGGGCCAAAGCACGCACAGAAUUCUUCAGCAGAGGCAGGAACAAGCAGUCUUUAGACGCUGUGGAGAAAGCAGCUUUCUUUGUGACGCUGGAUGAUACUGAGCAGCGGUAUGACCCCAACAACCCUGUCCAGUCGCUGGACAACUACGCCAAGUCUCUGCUUCAUGGGAAGUGCCACGACAGGUGGUUUGAUAAGUCAUUCAAUCUGAUUGUCUUUAAAAAUGGGACCAUGGGGUUAAACGCAGAGCAUGCUUGGGCAGAUGCUCCCAUUGUAGGACACCUGUGGGAGCAUGUGCUCUCCAUGGACCCGGUCAAACUGGGCUACACUGAAGAGGGACACUGUAAAGGAAGCCCUCACCCAAACCUGCCAGGACCCCAAAGACUGCAGUGGGACAUCUCAGAGCCGUGCCAGGCUGUGAUCGACAGUUCCUUAAAUGUGGCCAGAGACCUGGCAGAUGACGUGGACUGUCACACUUUCCCCUUUGUUAGCUUCGGCAAGGGCCUGAUCAAGAAAUGCAAGAUCAGCCCGGAUGCCUUCAUUCAGAUCGCCUUGCAGCUGGCUCACUUCAGGGACAAAGGAAAGUUCUGUCUGACCUAUGAGGCUUCCAUGACCAGGCUGUUUAGAGAGGGUCGCACUGAGACAGUACGCUCCUGCACCAUACAGACCUGUGCCUUUGUGAAGGCUAUGGUGAACAACGACACGAGAGAAGAGAAACUGAGGCUGCUGAGAGUGGCAGCAGAGAAGCAUCAGGACUUGUACCGUCUGGCAAUGACAGGGAAAGGCAUCGACCGUCACCUCUUCUGUCUUUACCUGGUGUCCAAGUAUCUGGGUGUCGACUCCCCCUUCCUUAAAGAGGUCCUGUCAGAACCGUGGAGACUGUCCACCAGUCAGACUCCCCUUCAGCAAGUAGAGCUCUUUGACCUGAAGAACCAUCCGGAAUACGUGAGCGGUGGCGGUGGCUUUGGCCCGGUGGCUGAUGAUGGUUAUGGUGUGUCAUACAUUAUUAUUGGAGAAGACCAUAUCAACUUCCUCAUAUCCAGCAAACACUCCAGUCCAGAAACCGAUUCCCAUCGUUUUGGAAGCAAUAUUAAGCAAGCCAUGCUUGACUUACUGGAGCUCUUCCAACUUGACAAGAAUGCUACCAAGUGAUUUCUGUCUGAAAGAGGACAAGGAUAGCUGAAUGUUGAAAAUGAGAUGUAUCUAUUCAUAGGAGUAUAUGGAUGCCAGUGUCGGGUUUUAAAAUAAGGUUAAUGCGUCAAUGAAUGAUAAUUUUAUUUGGAAAGUGAAGUUUGAAUGAUGGAUGUAUACAUAUAUACAUAUACAAAAGUCUGGACACACUUUCCCAUUGAAGUGAAUGAGACAGUGUGUCCAAACUUUUGAUUGGUACUGUACAUAUCUAUAUAUAUACAUACAUAAACACACACACACACACACACACACAUAUCUAUAUAGUUCACAUUUCAACUGUGUGGCAUGGAAUAAAGAUUGUGGAGGGGCCUUUGUAUCACAGAUUUAACAGAUUUAUUCUUCUGGGAUGAGUGCAUUAGUGCCUUAGUGACUCAAAUGGCCAUAGAACAGUACAGGAGCACGACGAUGCCCGUUGUACAGAAGAAUCCAGAGAGAUCCAAAGCCUUCCACGGCUGUGACGAUGGCAGUUUCACUCCCAUAGCUGCUACAUUGUAAUGUAAUGAAAUAGUCUUUUUUUUUUUUUUAAAAUGUUGCUUUUAAUGUUUUCUCAGGUUUUAGCAUGGCUUUAGCAGUGCUGUGGGACUUACAAGAUAGUUGGUUUACAGUAGUGCUGUGCGCUAUUAAAAUUGCACCAGUGCCGGUGGACCACUAGGGGGAAGUAUUGUGACUUUGUUUUUUGGGGUUUUUUGAUCAUAUUAAGGGGUCUGAUGUACUAAAGCCCGAUGUACUAAAGGUGUGAAUUUUUGUUGUUGUUAUUGUUUUUUUUUUAGUUUGUGUAAAACCAUGGUCAGAAAUUGGUCAAGGUAGUAUUGAUUGACCAGUUAUGGAAUCAUGUUGUUUCUGUAGCAUGUACAAAUAAUGUUCAUUCGUGUGAAGGUUGGUAAUAACUCUGGUCCAGUAUGUGCUGCCUUACCAGAGAGCAUCUACUGACGGUAUCAGAUGUGGGAUAAACACUUGCAUCAGCUACUGAGUUUGAUACACUGAUGUACGGCAACACUAAAAGCAAUCAUUUAUCUCAGAAGUGACUUUUGUACUCACAUUUGGCAGAAAAGCUUUACUAAUGGCCAGUGACCAUCAAACUCAUAAGCGACAACUGCAUUCUUCCUGCCUUUCUAUAUUGCAUUAGUGAUGGAUGAUCUAAAAGUUUAGGUGUGAUUUUUUUUUCCCACAAACUGUCAGCAGGCACAUGGUUAUUUAACUUAUAUGAAGACCAGUAACGUCAUCAGCGUUUGAUCAAGGUCAUGCAUCAGUCACUGGUGUUCUUGUUAGGAUUGUCUGUGCAAAUGCUUUUUGUUUUAUUGUUAGGAGUUGUGGAUGGUGGUAGAGAUAUGUAAAAGAGGGAUUAAAACUGCUUGAUGAUGUCAGGUUAUCGUCCUGUGUUAUCUGAGAGCAGACUGUAGAGAGAGACGUUAAAGGCUAAAUAAAGGAAAGCAGAAUUUCACUUGAACAAAUGACUGCACCCUUGAAGGACAAAGUUCUUUAUCGGUAGCAUGGUAUGCUAUUUACGGUAUGCUAUUUAUUUAUCUUUUUUUGUGAAAUAAAUGUUUCCACAACAAA